AUGCUCCGCCAACGGGUCGGUCGUCGGUCGAGCCACUGGCGCGUCGUCCAGCUGCAGAAGGCAGCGAUGAGCACCGUGCAGAUUGGUGGCAUCUCGGUGCCCAAGGCCACGCCCAGCGAACCGCACUUGGUGCCCCGAGGCUUUGUGCCCAGCACGCUCUCGCAGGAGUCAUUGCAGCAUCUUCGCUGGAUGCUCCAGAAGGACGUGCUUCAGCAAGACAUGUUCCUCAUCGGCCCGCCCGGGCCGGCGCGCCGCCACCUCGCCUUGCAGUUUGCUGAGCUCUUGCAGCGCGAAGUCGAGUACGUGGCCAUUUCGCAGGACACGACCGAGUCGGACCUCAAGCAGCGUCGCGAGAUCUCGGCCGGCGCCGCCAUCUUUACCGACCAAGCGCCUGUCCGCGCUGCCAUGCACGGCCGGCUCCUUAUCCUCGACGGUCUCGAGAAGGCCGAGCGCAACGUGCUCCCGACGCUCAACAACCUCUUGGAGAACCGAGAGAUGGCGCUCGAAGACGGUCGGUUCCUCAUGAAGGCCGAGAGCUACGACGCGCUGCUGGCGGGAGGCCAUACGGCCGAGGCCCUGGCCGCGCAAAACCUCGUGCGCGUCGAUCCCGCGUUCCGGGUCAUUGCCCUCGGGCUGCCCGUGCCGCCGUUUCCUGGGCGAACGCUCGACCCGCCGCUGCGAUCGCGCUUCCAGGCCCGGCGCAUCUCGCCGCCGUCGCCGGGCGUGCGCCUCGAAACUCUCUUGGCGUCCGUGCCAUCUGCGUCGCUCCCGCUCACGGAGAAGCUCGUCGGGCUCCUCGAAGCCAUCCAUGUCGUCGAGGACAUGACGACCCAUGGCCAGCGGCCCCCGCACCUCGCUUCGAUCGAGCAUGUCGUCGCUGUCGCCUCGGCGUUUCCAUCGUCGGCGUCCGUGCGGGACGCUCUCCGGCGCGUUUUCCCCAUUGAGCUCUGGACCGAGCACAAGGACGCCAUGGAGCGAGUGCUCGACGCCUUCUUCCCAGCAGCAGCAUCGUCGUCGUCAUCGACAUCGCCGAGCUACGCGCUGACUGCGACGGCGCCGCAUGUGGCGGACCUCGUCGUUGGCCAAGACCCCGCAAUCUCGGUCGCGUGCGGCGCCUUGGGCCCGAACAUGGCGCCGAUGCCGGGCUACGUGGAGGCGCCGGCCUACCACGAUGUGCUCACGACGAUGCUGCAGGACCAUGCGCUCGGGAAAGACGUGUGCCUUCUCGGGCCCAAGGGCAGUGGCAAGUCGGGCUUGGCGCGGCUGUUUGCACACCGGCUCGGGUACCCGUCCGAGCUGUUCACGCUCUUCAAGGACAUGACGUCGCGCGAUCUGUACCAGCGCCGGGCGACCGACGACCACGGCAACACGUACUGGGAAGAUAGCCCGCUCAUGCACGCGGCCCGAUACGGCCAUGUCGCGAUCCUCGACGGCGUCCAUCGGCUCCACGGCGACACGCUGGCGACGCUCCAGCGCCUCAUGCAGGACCGCGAGAUCGACCUCGCGGACGGCGCCAAGUUCAUUUCGGCCGACAAGUCGGACGGCGCAGUGCCCAUCCACCCGGCCUUCCGCAUCCUCUGCCUCGGCGACAGCACCGGCAAGGGCAAGUUCCCGUCCUGGCUCUCGUCCGAGAGUCUGGCCAUGAUGACCUUUGCGCACGCUCCGGCGCUGUCCCGCACCGAGCUGCAGCACAUGCUCACGUCCCUGAGCCCGUCGCUGCCGGCCGCCGUCACCUCGGUGCUCGUGGCCUUUUGGGACCAGGUGCAGGCGACGCCGGAGCUCUCACUCUCGCUGCGCCAGCUCCUGCGCAUGGCCCGACGCCUCGAUGCGUUCCCAGACACGGCCAUGAAUGACCUCGGCCCGGUCGUGCACGACACGAUGAUGACGACGUUUGUCGGCCCGAACUUGGCCAAGGCCAUCCACCGGGCGCUGGACGCGUGCUACACGCCGCCACCGUCGUCGGUCUCAGCAGCCUCUUCCAGUGAGGACGGUCUCUCGAUCACUGCGUCGGAGACGCGCUUGACGAUCGGCAACGUGACGUACCCGAUCCCGAAGGCGCCGACCCGGCCAGAGCUCGUGCCGCAGCCGCUGUACUACGACAUCCCCAAGCACACGCGCGUGAUGCAAAACGUGCUGCAGGACAUUGUGGCGGGGCAGCGCCACCUCUUGCUCAUCGGCAACCAAGGCGUCGGGAAGAACAAGGUCGUCGACCGGCUCCUCCAGCUCAUGCGUCAGGAGCGCGAGUACAUCCAGCUCCACCGCGAUACGACGGUGCAAACGCUGACGCUCGUGCCGUCGCUGGCCGAGGGCAAGAUCACGUGGGAAGACUCGCCGUUGGUGCGCGCGGUCAAGGAAGGCCGGACGCUGGUCGUCGACGAGGCCGACAAGGCGCCGCUUGAAGUUGUGUGUGUGCUCAAGGGCCUCAUCGAAGACGGCGAGAUGCUGCUCGGGGACGGCCGUCGCAUUUUGGACCCGACCAAGGUCGCCACGGACGGCGUUGACGCCGACAAGACGAUCCUCGUGCACCCCCACUUCCGCAUGUGGGUGCUGGCCAACCGUCCGGGCUACCCGUUCCUUGGCAACAACCUCUUCUCGGAGAUCGGCGACAUCUUUGCGAGCCACUCGAUCGACAACCCGGACGCGGCCUCCGAGCUCGCGCUGCUGCGGGCGUACGCGCCGAGCGUUCCGGUCGACGUGCUCGAGCGUCUCUGCGCGGCGUUCGCUGAGCUCCGGCAACUCGUCGACGACGGCGCCAUCACGUAUCCGUACUCGACGCGCGAAGCUGUCGCGGUCGCCAAGCACCUGCAGACGUUCCCGGGCGACGGCGUGACCGACACGCUUGAGAACGUCUUGGCGUUUGACGCGUACGACCCCAACUUGCGCCAAUUGCUCGCCGCCGUCUUCCUCCGUCAUGGCAUCCCUCUCUCAUCACACGCCUCGGCGCGACGCACGGUUGCGAUCGAGGUGGCGCCGUCGACGCCACUGCCACCGCGCACCAAGGUCGACUCGUGGCAGCGGGUAGCGUCGACGCAGCUGCCAUUGGAGCGCAAGCCGCUCAAGACGCGACGCGUGUACAUUGAGCCGCCGACGUCGCGCACCUUUGGCGUCGAGUACCACCGGCGCGAGAUCUUUACCGAGCAAGUCGCGUCCUGGACGGUGCCGCUGAGCGCGCACCAAGUGGCCACGUCCCUCGCCGUGCUGCCGUCGACCUCGGUGCACGUGGCGACCGCGCAGCCGCUCGGGAUCCACUCGUACUUUGGCACCGACCGAAAACACCUCUACACGGAGCUCGAAGACAGUUAUGGCUACACGCGCAGCACGUCGCCGCGCAUUUACCCGUACCGGAAGGACCUCGUCCUCCACGUGCCCAGCGCAGAUUUGAUCUUGGUCCUCUCGGAGAAUCACGUGGUGCGCCAGUCGUACGCUGUGCCGUCGUUGAGCCAGAAGCGGUCGUCGCGCACCAUGUUUCAGUGGACGCAAGACCGGACCGAGACACAGGCCGUGGUGGACGCCGUCGACGACAAGAUCGUGCUCUUCCAGGCUGGGACGCCGACGCUUCAGAUCGUCGACUUGAACGACGAGUCGACGACGGUCGUGACGACGCCGGCGCCUGUGGCGGCUGUGCACCUCUCGCCCGACGCUGGCGUCUACCGCGUCCACUACACGGAUGACGACACCAACGUGUACCUUGUCGACGCGACCGCGGGCCGCCACGUGACGCAGCAUAAGCUGUCGACGAAGGCCUCGUACGCUUUGUCGACGCCGCCGACGUGUCGCGAUGACACGCAGCUCCUCGCGCACCCGGCGGCCGCCUAUCAACAACUUGUGACCUCGGACGACGGAGGCAUCGUGGAUGUCUACUCGGUACCGCGCCCCUUUGGCGAUGACGGCGAGCGCGUCACCUCGGCGGUCUUGGACAGUCCGCGCCUCGUCACGAGUCGUGGCGGCGCGCCGUCGCUGAGCGUCGUGGACGUGGAGUCCGAGACGAGCAAGGACAUUCUGGUCGCGACAGAGACCCGUCCCAAGACCAAGAAGACCAAGUCGAACGGUAUUGUGGCCGUCGCCGCGUUGCCGGAUGGUGACGUCCUCACGCUGCAGUCGCGCGGUGAUCUGCGGCGGUGGCAGCUGGACCCGACGGCGCUCGCAAAGGAUCUGGCGAGCUGGAAGUACAUGUUUGAUCACGACACGCUCGCCGGCGUCGUGACGCCGCUCGAACUCCAGGACGGCGGCGGCGCGUCGACGCCCAAGACCGAUGCCAGUAUGCCCAAGUACGGCAAAGACGACCCGGACAACACCCCCCACGUCGGUGGCAACACGUGGGCGGGCGGCACCGGCGGCUCGGACACAGCCGGGCUCGGCGGCCGCGGGGGCCCCUACCGCCUGGACAAGGGCCACAAGGUGCACCAAGUGUCGCAAGCCAAGAAAGACGAGGUGAGCGCCGAAGCCCGCGCAAAGGCCAAGGCCAUGGCCGACGCCGCGCUGCAGCAGAAGCUCAAGGACAUUGACAUGACGGGCGGCGAGUGGCAAGCGUACCAAAAGUACCUCGGCCGCAUCGAGCAAGAGACAGACCAGCUGCGCAGUGUCUUGAGCAACCUCGAAGCCAUCGAGAAGGAGCGCGGGUGGCUCAAGCACCAGUCGAGCGGCGAGUGGGAUGAUGCCAAGCUCGUCGACGGCAUCGCGGGCGACCGCAACGUCUUCAAGCGGCGCGGCGUCGCCGACACGCCCGACGGUCUCCACCUCGCGCCGCUCAAGAAGCGCAUGCUCUUCGUCAUGGACGUCUCUGGCAGCAUGUACCGCUUCAACGGCCAAGACAUAUCCUUUUCCACUCCGUCUUUCUGA